AUGUCAGACACUACACCAUCCUUAACUGCACCCAUUUCACUUUCUACAUAUCACCAACUUAGCUUAACUGUUGAUUCAGCAACUAUUAGAAACUCUGGCCUGUUUAAGCCAAAUCCAUACUUACAAGUUGUAAUAGAUGGUAAAAUUCUAAGAAAAACAGAGGUAAUAAAAAACACAUUACAUCCAAAAUGGAGGGAAGAAUUCACAGUGCUUGUAACACCAUUGUCACAACUGCUAUUCCGACUGGUAGACCACCAUAGCUUCAGGAAGGAUCAUGUUAUUGGACAAAAAAAAGUGAAUCUUUUAAAGGUUCUAUACUAUUUUAAUGGCAAAUGUGAAAAUGUGGAACUGUGUAUAGAUUUGAUGAAGACUGUUUCUCAAGAUAGUAGUUCAGGAAAUUUGACAACGGAAGUAAAAACUGCCGACCUAAUUUUGUUUCUAGAUGGCUUAAGAAUUGAUCCAGCUAUUUUAAGUCAAUCACACGACGUGCUUGGUGAGGCUAGUAAUGCACGCAGUCCUUUAAAUGAUGGAGUCCGUGCUAGGAUACGUUCCAGGAACAAUUUAGAGACUAUCAGAUCUAUGUUAAGAUCACAAAAUCUUCGACCACCACCUGGCCCACCUCCACUCAGUAACGGUGCUGCGAGUGGAGCUACGCAAGUUGAGGGUGCAGCGGGUCCGUCGAAUGCGGAGCACAACUCUGCAGAAAGCACAGCACAGAACUUUCUGGCAGCUCACGAGAAUCUCGCCGCACCACCAAGUACCGCUACCACACCUGCCACACCUGCCCCUGCAGCUGAAGAACCACUUCCUGCCGGCUGGGAAAUGCGAUAUGAUGUUUAUGGUCGAAGAUAUUACGUGGACCACAACUCGCGGUCGACGUCGUGGGAGCGGCCGAUGCCGCUGCCGGCGGGCUGGGAGGUGCGGCGCGACGCGCGCGGGCGCGUGUACUACGUGGACCACAACACGCGCACCACCACCUGGCAGCGCCCCGACACCGAGCGCCUGGCGCGCUUCCAGCACUGGCGCGGCGAGCGCCGCCACGUGGUCGCGCAGGGCAACCAGCGCUUCCUGUACCCGGCCACGCACCCGCCGCACCCGCACCCACCCGGCCCACCCGGCCCCGACGACGCGCCCGCAGCCGGCAGUAGUACAACCAGCGCUCCCAGUAUCACGGCGCCGACGUCAUCGGCGAACAGUGUGGCUGGUGCGGCGAAUGCGAGUGCGAGUGCAAGCGCGAGUGCGAGUGCCAGUGGUGGAGCGAGUGCGAGUGCGGAGGAGGGUCUGGGCGCGCUGCCGGCGGGCUGGGAGCGGCGCGUGCAGCCCGACGGCCGCGUCUACUACGUAAACCACAAGAACCGCACCACGCAGUGGGAGGACCCAAGGACACAGGGUCAAGAAGUGUCUGCGCUAGAAGAGGCUCUACCACCAGGCUGGGAGAUAAGGUUUACAGAAGAGGGAACACGAUAUUUCGUGGACCACAACACACGUACGACUACAUUCCAGGACCCGAGGCCAGGAGCGCCCAAGGGUCCGCAGGGUGCUUAUGGAGUUCCAAGAGCUUAUGAACGUUCCUUCCGAUGGAAACUCAGCCAGUUCAGAUAUCUGUGUCAAAGCAAUGCCCUGCCCAGUCACAUAAAAAUAACGCUCUCCAGACAGACACUCUUUGAAGAUUCUUAUCACCAGAUAAUGAGACUGCCUGCAUAUGAACUGCGAAGGAGACUGUAUAUUAUAUUCCGUGGAGAAGAAGGAUUGGAUUACGGCGGUGUCAGUCGGGAGUGGUUUUUUUUGCUGUCGCACGAAGUGCUCAACCCAAUGUACUGUCUCUUUGAAUAUGCUAAUAAAAACAACUACAGUCUUCAAAUAAAUCCGGCCAGUUAUGUCAAUCCAGACCAUUUGCUGUAUUUUAAAUUCAUUGGAAGAUUCAUUGCGAUGGCUUUAUACCAUGGACGAUUCAUAUAUUCUGGUUUCACUAUGCCUUUUUACAAACGGAUGCUAAACAAGAAACUCACCAUGAAAGAUAUUGAAUCUAUAGAUCCAGAGUUCUACAAUUCUUUGGUGUGGAUCAAAGACAAUGAUAUAGAUGAAUGCGGUCUAGAGAUGUGGUUCAGUGUCGACUUCGAAGUACUGGGUCAAGUUAUACAUCAUGAAUUGAAGCCUGGAGGGGAUAAGGAGCGAGUGACGGAAACGAACAAAGAACAAUAUCUUCAGCUUGUUACACAAUGGCGGAUGACUCGAGGAAUAGAAGAACAAACUUCCGCAUUUUUAGAUGGAUUUAAUGAGGUGGUGCCGCUGGAGUGGCUCAAGUACUUUGAUGAGAGGGAACUGGAGUUGAUGCUUUGCGGCAUGCAGGAGAUCGAUGUGGACGACUGGCAGCGCAACGCUAUAUAUCGCCACUACACGCGCACCAGCAAACAGGUCGCCUGGUUCUGGCAGUUUGUACGACAAAUGGACAACGAAAAACGGGCAAGAUUGCUUCAGUUCGUCACAGGCACAUGCAGAGUUCCUGUUGGAGGAUUCGCCGAGCUUAUGGGUUCGAAUGGACCGCAACGGUUUUGUAUAGAGAAGGUUGGAAAAGAUACGUGGUUGCCUCGAUCGCACACUUGUUUCAACAGACUCGACCUUCCGCCCUACAAAAGUUAUGAACAGUUGUGUGAAAAGUUAAAUUAUGCUAUAGAAGAAACUGAAGGGUUCGGGCAGGAAUAA